UCGAUUAGCCUCGUUGUAAUUUCUGCGGAAAGUCGGCCAUUUUUGUGGAACUUUUUACAACGAUGUGACUAAAGAAGACGAAAAAACCCGGUGUAUUACAUUUCAAAAGGGCCGAAUACCUUGUUAAAUCAUAAAAAUAAAAUCUUUUUGAGUUAAUUAAAUGAAUUAUUUCAGUAAACAAAUCAUAGAAUAGGUCAAGUCACAUGGUCAAAAGCGUCACUUUCAGCAGCCGGGGAAACAAAACAUGAAAGAACUGAGCCACGGAAAACGUGUUCACUGUGGCUGCACGAGGCUGUAAUCUUUUCCUGCGUAAUCUUAAUUCUAAGUCAUUUAGUUUUCUAACUGUUGAAACAAACAGGAGGGCAAAGUGUGAAGCUGUUGAGAGAUAUUUUACGUUUGUCAGAAAUUUCUGCAAAGACACUAUCAAGACAAUGCCAGCACCAAGCAGAGCAAGGGUGUAUGCUGAUGUGAACAAAAAUAGACCAAGAGAAUAUUGGGACUAUGAAUCACAUGUUGUAGAAUGGGGUCAACAAGAUGAUUACCAGAUAGUAAGGAAGUUAGGUCGAGGAAAGUACAGUGAGGUGUUUGAGGCAAUCAAUGUUACAAAUAAUGAAAAAUGUGUCAUCAAAAUUCUCAAACCUGUAAAGAAAAAGAAGAUCAAAAGAGAGAUUAAAAUAUUAGAGAAUCUACGAGGUGGAACAAAUGUUAUAGCAUUGUUAGCAAUAGUCAAAGAUCCUGUGUCAAGAACACCAGCUUUAGUGUUUGAACAUAUAAACAACACAGAUUUUAAGCAAUUGUACCAGACCUUUACAGAUUAUGAUAUCAGAUUUUAUCUUUAUGAACUCUUAAAGGCAUUGGACUACUGUCAUAGUAUGGGAAUAAUGCAUCGAGAUGUAAAACCUCACAAUGUUAUGAUAGACCAUGAAAAUAGAAAGGUAGGUUUGGGGGGUUUGGCAAAAUUUUACCAACCAGAAUGGCCUUACAGUGUUAAGCAGUGACAUGUGUGGUUUAAAUUGUAUGUUUGUAUAUUUCAGAUGUACGAUUACUCGUUGGACAUGUGGAGUCUAGGUUGUAUGUUUGCUAGUAUGAUCUUCCGAAAGGAACCAUUCUUUCAUGGGCAUGAUAAUUAUGACCAGUUGGUGAGAAUAGCAAAGGUUCUAGGAACAGAUGAUCUUUAUGCAUACAUAGAAAAAUAUCAAAUAGACCUUGAUCCUAGGUUUAAUGAUAUACUAGGAAGACAUUCACGAAAACGCUGGGAACGAUUUGUACACAGUGAAAAUCAACAUCUAGUUAGUCCAGAAGCAUUAGACUAUCUUGAUAAACUGUUACGUUACGAUCAUCAGGAGAGACUCACUGCUCGUGAAGCAAUGGAACACCCAUAUUUCUAUCCUAUAGUGAAGGAACAAGGUCGUAUGUCGUCAAUGUCCGGCCACAACUCCCCGUCACCGGUGCCGACGUCUGGACAGGUUGGAGGUGGGAAUGUUAACAAUACGGUGCCAGUCUCCAGUUCACCAGUUCUGACUCCGAGCAUGUCACCACUGCCUAAUAGCGUUACUGCAACUGCACAGUCUUAAAAUGCACGUGUUUGCACGUGUAACCUCCUGUGUCACGAGCUACUCCCUUUUCUCCUCCUAACAGUGGUAGUUUCUAUGGUAACGAAGCCCUCGUAUCUCUUCUACAUGUACGGAGGCAGUGUAAUGACUUGACAUGUGUGAAGUUUUCAUAUCUGCAUAUAUACAGAUUAAAGUUGUUUUUUAUCAUCCUGUCUUCUAAAAGUGUUUGGAACAAAUAUUUCCCAGAGUCAUUUAUACAAUGUAUGUAUUUUCAAAUAUUCAAGCACACAUCAAAUUCAUGAUGCAAUUUGUUUUAUAAAGAAUAUUGAAAGAAAAUUUAAUUUUGCUCUUUUCUUCUGCCAAGUUGAUAAAAACACCAGAAGAAAAAUAAAACUAAACUUUACAAGUAAAGCAUAGAAAAAAAUGUUUUGAUGUGAAAUAUAUGAUAUUUUGAGGAACAAGAGCGCGAGUUUGGAUAAGUUGAUAAAACCAGUGCAGUCCAAGAUCAGCCGACACUGAUCUUGUUUUGCACUGUUUGCUAUAGAAUUGCUACAUAUUUUUGAAAUUUCCCUACAAAUCAUUAAUGAUGAAUAGUUUUGUCCAGAUUCAGAGAUGGACAAGUCCAUUUAUGAUAUGUAGGGAAGAAUAAAAUCAGCAGGAUAAAGUUGUAAAAGAUUUGGGUGUUUUAUCUAGAAUUGAACGUAUUAUCAGUAUAUUAACAUUGUAUAAUGACAUUGUAUAGGACUUGAGGGAUAUAUUUGGCCUGAAAUGCUUUCAGUUUGGCUAGAAACAUAUGUGAAGAACAGUUUGUAUUUUUUCCUCUUGGACAAUUAUAUCUUGUCAGGAACAGUGCUAAAUUGUCUUAGACAUAGAAAAUAAAGCUGUAUGAAAUAUUUUCCUUUUUUAUGUACAGAAUGUGUUUAAUAUUAAUUUGCAGCUGGGAAUGUAAAAAAUCUUUAUUUUGCAUCAUUUUAAUAUAAUUAUAUAUAUAUAUGUAUAUGUCCUUGUCAAAACAACUCAAAUGAAAUAAUCAUAUUUUUUUCCCCCCAUUUUUUUUAUGCACAUAAAUUCACAGGGAUAUUAAUAUUCAGUCAUUUUGUUUUUUCCAACUGUUCAUAUUUUAAUUGUUUUAUGUGAGUUAAGAUUACACAUAUAAGUACACAUAUAUAUAAAGAAAUCAUUGAGAUAGGUAAUUCAUCGUUGAUGCAAAAUAACUUGAGCACUCUUAUCUUAAGUCUCUUUUACCUGCAUAACUAUUUUACCUCUUAACUCAUUGAAUAUUUAUAAAUGAAUUUUGAACCUGUACCUAGAAAUUUUAAUAAAGUACAUGGUUUUCAAAUAAUUAAAAUUCUACUAGGAGUGUAUACUUUUUGAAAGACUGGCAUGUUUUCCAUAUUAACUGACAAACAAAGAUGUUACUGUUAUAAUCGUUUAAAAACUUCCUUAAAUCUGUUAUUUAUUUAUCCAUGUAUUUAAGAGAAAUAGGCAGAAAAAAUAACAUCUUGGCUGUAGAUAAUAAUCUUGAAUAUAUUUCUUUUUUCCUUGCAACAGCAAUAUUACACAAAAGUUGGAAUUUCCUAUUUGAUUGUUCAUAUGACAUUUUGCCCUGGCUCUAGUGUAAUGUAUCAAGAUAUUCUGAUAUAUAAUUAUGAAAGUCUAGUGUAAUAUUUUAUUAAUAAAUGAAUAAUUGGUCUGUCCUGGCACAUUAUUUGACAAUGUUUGUAUUGUGUUACAAUAAUAUUCAUAAACUAGAACUAUUGUCAGUCAAGUUUUUUGUCAGUACAAUUUUGUGAUUAAAUUCUGUAUAUAUAUUAAUUAAUCUUUUGAAUAUCUGGUAGCUAUUGUUUGUUUUUUCAUUCUUCGUCGGGAGAAAAAUUGUUCAUGUAUUGAAAUAAAGCUAUAAAUACCG